CCUUUCCUGCCGGCCGCUGCGUGCGUGUUGCUGGCGAGUCUCCUGAGCGCCGACAAGUCCCGAACUUCUUGACGUCCGGGCGGCUGCUCGAGGCGGCCCUGACGCCGCCACCAUGCCACAGAAUGAAUAUAUUGAGUUACACCGUAAGCGCUAUGGGUAUCGUUUGGAUUACCAUGAGAAGAAGAGAAAGAAAGAAGGUCGAGAGGCUCACGAACGUUCAAAGAAAGCAAAAAAGAUGAUUGGUUUGAAGGCUAAGCUUUACCAUAAACAGCGCCAUGCUGAGAAAAUACAAAUGAAAAAGACUAUUAAGAUGCAUGAAAAGAGAAACACCAAGCAAAAGAAUGAUGAAAAGACUCCACAAGGAGCAAUGCCUGAGUAUCUGCUGGACAGAGAGAGACAAUCCCGAGCUAAAGUACUUUCCAAUAUGAUUAAACAGAAACGAAAAGAGAAAGCAGGAAAAUGGGAAGUUCCUCUACCCAAAGUUCGUGCCCAGGGAGAAACAGAAGUAUUAAAAGUUAUUCGAACAGGAAAGAGAAAGAAGAAAGCAUGGAAGAGGAUGGUUACUAAAGUCUGCUUUGUUGGAGAUGGCUUUACACGAAAACCACCUAAAUAUGAAAGAUUCAUUAGACCAAUGGGUUUACGUUUCAAAAAAGCCCAUGUAACACAUCCUGACCUGAAAGCCACUUUUUGCUUGUCAAUACUUGGUGUAAAGAAGAAUCCCUCAUCUCCACUCUAUACUACUCUGGGUGUUAUCACCAAAGGUACUGUCAUCGAGGUGAACGUCAGCGAGUUGGGCCUUGUCACACAGGGAGGCAAAGUUAUUUGGGGAAAAUAUGCCCAGGUUACCAAUAAUCCUGAAAAUGAUGGGUGCAUCAAUGCAGUCUUACUGGUUUGACAGCUGCUUAUACAAGUAACUCCUUAUACUCACGAAGACUACAUCUCAGUCAGGGAAUCCACCGGUGACCACGGCCAAGCUGAUAUCUGCAGUCAUCAAAGGAAAAAAAGCAUAUGAUACUGCACAAAACAUUAAAGUGGCCUAGGCCUAGUUGUCUUAAA